AUGUCUUGGCACGGCGCAGGUGCAUCAACCCUGCGCUGCGGCCGUCGCGUUCUUGCAGCAUUACGCGUGCGCCCACCCGUGACUGGUCUUGCAUUGCUCACGCGAGCAAUUAGUCGCGGCGAGCUAGCCCCGACGAGCUCGCAAUGCAGCGAAGUACCGAUCGAUCGCACGCUGGUAUCUGCUCCUCUUCUGCAUGAGGCAGAUCGGGUUGAAGGCCAAAGUAGCUUUGCAUUCGCGUGUCCAUGCUUCUCUCCGCGACACGGCUGUGCAGAGGAGCUCAGAGUGUCGUGCGCGCCGACGUGA